CCCAGAUUGUUACCAAAAUCCAGUCAGAUUGCUUUUCAGUGAACAGGCGUUCUGCAAAUAUUUACUUAGUGCUGUCUCUGGGCUCACUUGGGCCUUGGUCAUAGGACCUGGUUUCAAAUGCUGGCUCAGUGACUCCCUGGCUCUACUCAGUGGCCUGAGCUCCUGGGCCUUGGUUUCUGCCUCUUGUUCAUGGUCCCUGGGGCCUCUGGUGAGACUGAGCUCAUAAAGUGUCGGCAAAGUACUUUGUGGAUCGAUGCUAACUAAUAGCGGUUCCCUGGAGCUGCUGUGAGUAGGAAAGACGACUGCGGAGGUUGCUUGGACCAGGCUCAGGGCCUGCACCCAGGGAGGGCUAGUGUUGUCCUCACAGUGGGACUAAGGAAGGGCCUGCUAUCCCCUGUCCCUGAUGCUUUAUUCCACUUUAGCCAGGAGUGGGUGCUGAUAAAGUUUGAUGAAUGGGAUGGUGCUAUCUGUGGCCAUGGGGUAAGAGGCUUGCCCAGUUAGUGGCAGAGGCAGGUAUGGAUACUCAUCUGGGUCACAUCCAGCCAGAGCUGGGGCCAUGGUCUGUCCUGGGAUGCUCUUGUCAGGGAUCCCCCUCUUGCCCCCUUUCUGUCUCAUAGGGUGCCGGCCUCUGUCCAGACACACAGCUGUCAUAAAUAUGGCAUGGUGGCUUCAGUUCAAUGGAAAGCAUAAAUGGGGAAUUGGAGUGGGACCCUGGGCAGGGGAGGGUGUGAGCAAGGGCUCCAGAGGGAAGCCCUUCCCCGUGUGUUAGACUGAGCUGAAGUCUGUCCUGGGAACUUCUGGGGAGAGGGAGCAGAUGGGGAUCAUGCCCUCUGGGAGCUCCUGGUGUGAUGGAGGAGGCAUGGCCCUGACCUCCAGGACACUCCUGUCUGAUGGGGCAACAUGGCUUCUGUUUCCUGGGACUGCCUGUGUAACAGAGGGGACACAGUCCUCUUGUCCUCUAGGAGCCGUGUGUCUGAGGAAUGAGGCAUGGUCUCCAUCCUGCAGGAGCCUCCAAUUUGAUGGGGGAGCUGCGGUCACUUCCCUCGGAGAGAUUCCCUAUUUGAGAGAGGAGCCCUGACCUCUGUCCUCAGGAAGGACCCCUGUCUGAUGGAGGCUUACUCAAGAAACCCCAUUUAUGGCCUUCACCUUUGACCCCUUCACCUUUGACCCCUUCCCCUACCUGAUUCAUCGGGAGGCCAGGUCCCACAGGCAGCAGCUACGCAUGGAGCUGGGCAGUUAUGAACUUGGCUGCAGGGAGGAAGGGAAGACAGGAGACUCCUUACAGGAGACUCUAAGGAGGCCCCCUGCUUUAAGUGAGGGUGACAUAGAAGCCUUCCUGGUGAAGGUGUCUGUCUGGGAUCCUCUGAUGGACAGGAGAUGCCUGGCUGUGAUAAGUACCCACUGCGGAUAAGGGGUAAGGGCUCCCCCAGGCUGGAAGGGAAACUUGAUGGGUCACUCUGGUGAGCCCCUGUCUUCAUGCAGGCUGGACUGCUGGAAUGGAAAGUGGUCUAGGGAGACCCUCAGCAUCUUUGGGGAGACCCUCACCCACUGCCCAUCUGUGUACAGGCAGAGUGCUGCCAGCCCAGGGACAUCCGCCCUCCAUGGCCUGAGAAGCCCGGAGGAGGAGAGGAAACAGGACGCAUAUCAGGAACGCCUUUUCCUUUUCUUUGUAACUAACCCCUUGCUUGGGGCUGGUGAGAGCUGAGCCUGCGGGGCUGGCCCUGGCCUGGUUGCUGCUGCCUGCGGCCCCCAGCUCAGGCUCCCUCCACCUCACAGUCCACGGCUUUGGUGCUGCUCCUGGGCUGGCCUCUUCACUCCACUGAAUCUCUGGGCUCUCAUCUGUAAAAUGGGAGUGUUCAAGAAGGCCAGUCCGAAUGGAAAGCUCACCGUCUACCUGGGAAAGCGGGACUUUGUGGACCACAUUGACCUCGUGGACCCUGUGGAUGGUGUGGUCCUGGUGGAUCCUGAGUAUCUCAAAGAGAGGAGAGUCUAUGUGACGCUGACCUGCGCCUUCCGCUAUGGCCGGGAGGACCUGGAUGUCCUGGGCCUGACCUUUCGCAAGGACUUGUUUGUGGCCAACGUGCAGUCCUUCCCACCAGCCCCCGAGGACAAGAAGCCCCUGACGCGGCUGCAGGAGCGCCUCAUCAAGAAGUUGGGCGAGCACGCCUACCCUUUCACCUUUGAGAUCCCUCCAAACCUUCCAUGCUCUGUGACACUGCAGCCAGGGCCCGAAGACACAGGGAAGGCUUGCGGUGUGGACUAUGAAGUCAAAGCCUUCUGUGCGGAGAAUUUGGAGGAGAAGAUCCACAAGCGGAAUUCUGUGCGUCUGGUCAUCCGGAAGGUUCAGUAUGCCCCAGAGAGGCCUGGCCCCCAGCCCACAGCCGAGACCACCAGGCAGUUCCUCAUGUCGGACAAGCCCUUGCACCUAGAGGCCUCCCUGGAUAAGGAGAUCUAUUACCAUGGAGAACCCAUCAGUGUCAACGUCCACGUCACCAACAACACCAACAAGACGGUGAAGAAGAUCAAGAUCUCAGUGCGCCAGUAUGCAGACAUCUGCCUUUUCAACACAGCUCAGUACAAGUGUCCUGUUGCCAUGGAAGAGGCUGAUGACACUGUGGCACCCAGCUCGACGUUCUGCAAGGUCUACACACUGACCCCCUUCCUAGCCAAUAACCGAGAGAAGCGAGGCCUCGCCUUGGACGGGAAGCUCAAGCAUGAAGACACGAACUUGGCCUCUAGCACCCUGUUGAGGGAAGGCGCCAACCGUGAGAUCCUGGGGAUCAUUGUUUCCUACAAAGUGAAAGUAAAGCUGGUGGUGUCUCGGGGCGGCCUGUUGGGAGAUCUUGCAUCCAGUGAUGUGGCUGUGGAACUGCCUUUCACCCUAAUGCACCCCAAGCCCAAAGAGGAACCCUUGCAUCGGGAAGUUCCAGAGAACCAGACGCCAGUAGAUACCAAUCUCAUAGAACUUGACACAAAUGAUGAUGACAUUGUAUUUGAGGACUUUGCCCGCCAGAGACUGAAAGGCAUGAAGGAUGACAAGGAGGAAGAGGAGGACGGUACCGGCUCUCCACAGCUCAACAACAGAUAGAUGGGCCGGCCCUGCCUCCACGUGGCUCCGGCUCCACUCUCGUGCGCUCGGAUGCUUAUUCGUCUUCUUCCCGUUCUGGUUUCUUUUCCCCUUUGUUCUUCCAGUUUCUACCAGGGGGGCCCGUGGCCUUCCAGAUCACGGUGAUGAACCUCUGACCUCAGGAUUGGCCCCACAUCACCAUGCCAACAGGACCACAGCACACCGGACCCACCCCAUCUCUGCCAUUGCCUCUCCACUCCCCUCCUUUUCAUGCUGUCUCCCAGAAAACUGCCAGGGUUCUGGCCUUGGAAUUGGACUUGAGAUGGGGAGCAGACAGGGGAGGAUGGGGCAUGCAGGACACGGUAUGGUGGGCAUGAGGGCUUGGAGGGGUGGGGAUGAGGGCUCAAGACACGAGAGAAGAUGUCCACGGUUCCAGGUGGUUAACAAAGUUCUGGCAGCUAAAAGAUGACCGCAUUGAAGGCCACCUCCUUCUGGCUGGGAGGGGCAGACCUGUGGACAGAUUCUCAAUGCCUUUUUGAAGUUCUGACCCACCAAAGACCUUCUGCCUUCACCCUCCUCUCCACCCGAUGUCCCUCUGUGUCUGAUAGUGACGUUGGUGAAAGUUUGUAGACCACAGGAGUAGAGAAAAGCAACUGGAGUGACUUUCUUACCAGCAGUUACCUAGACUGAGGCAAGCUGUGUGGACUCAACGAAGUAUAUUUCAGUACUGUCAGGAUGUGACAUCUUAGCUACCUUGUAUUUCAAGUGCAUGGGCCUGUCUAGAGAUAUGCAGAGAGAAAAGCAGAGGGAGGGAGGGUGGGAGGGGGUCUUCAGCAAGCACCAGCCGGCAGCAGAGUUAGCUGAAGCUCUUGAUGAGGGUUCCCGAAGUGGGCCGCUGGGAGAUGGAGGCAGGGGGCGGGGAGAGGAGAGUCUGCCUUAUGUCCCUUCCUUGUGGACUUCACAUGGUCAUGCAGGAAGUGAGGAGGGGGGUCUAGCGGGGGCUGAGGCCACUAGUAUCCUCCUGCUUCCCCCUGCCAUUCUCCAGGGCUGGACUGAACCUGCAGACUGAGAGAGUGUGCCUGAGGCCACCAUGCCACAAAGGGGGUCCUAUCCCAGAAGGUGGCAGCAUCCAUGGAGAUAUCCUCACCCAAAGGGAAGGAGGCUGCUGGGUAGCAAAUAAGCCCCUUCUUUUCUUGGGGAGUUGAUGACCUCCAGUAGCUCCCAGUGUCAUGGGUACCCAGUACGCAUUGGCUGGUGUUGGCGUGAUUGAGACCUAGGGCAAUUCCUGGGGCAAGAAGCCAGAUGGGAGAUGAGGUAGAAAGUGUUAGGAGUUAUCCUCUUUGCCUGGCCUUUGAGAGUAACUUAACUCUGUGACUUUGGGCAAGUUCCUUCCCCACUCUGUGCCUCAGUUUCUCACUUGGGAAAGCAAGGAGUUUGACCAGAUGAUCACAGUGGGCCUUCCUAGCUCUGGCCACCAAGAAUUUGGGAAUAUUAGCACUCCUGGUCUGGUGGGUGGAUCCAGAGCUGCUGCCUGGUCUCUCUGCCUCCAGAGUGGAUUUAUUGGACCUCAGAGGUGGCAGGGCCCUAUGGAGCACCAACUCCCCUCAACUCCACCCCCUGCCCAGGACUGGGAAGGGAUUGAUGUCAGGCUGUGGCCAUAGCUAGCCUGAGUUGCCCAAGGAGGAACAGAGCAUGUCUUUGCUGAGGCUUGGCUGAGGGGCUUGUGAUAGGGCUUGCAGUACCUCACUGCCCCCUGUGGAUGCAGACACCCUGAGGUUUACCCAAACAAAUACAUUGAUUAGCAGGACAAGGGCUCUCUCAGUUUCUGCUCCCUUCCAUCUCUGUCCCAUACUUGUCUGAAAAGGGAGACAAAAAAUCUUAUGCAAGUGGCAUCUCAGUCCUUUCCAGUCCAGCACCUCCUGGGCAGGCAGUGCGACUUAUUUCCCAUGGUGAAAUCACCUGUUUCACAAGCCUGGCAGUGCAACUUCUGAGGCUCAUGACCACUCAACCUAAGGGACCCCUCCCCAGACCAGAACCAAGUCAGCUAGGGGCGGUCGUACUCCCCGGUCUCCCAGGCAUCCAGCGCCUCCUAGAGCUUGCUGGGCAGGCUGCACCUCAUCUGGGCAGGCAUAGAGCUGAUGAAAUGCUGGAGCAGUGCAUGGCAAACAUACACCCCUCCCCCACCACAGUGUCUUCUGAAACAUUUGGGGCUGACACAAGACCCUUUAGUGUUUGGAAUGACCUCUUUCCUGCAGACCUCUUCCCCUAUCCCUAACACAUGCAUGGAAAAGGUUUGUCAGGCUGGUUUCCCGAGCCUCCGCCUCAACAUCAUACUCACUCUUUUGGGUUUAGCCCAGUGUCGUUUAGCAAAUUUCUCCAGCUGCAGGGAAGGAUCAGAGUACCUUUUUUUUUUUUUUCCUCCUUGAGCCAGGACUGUACAAGGCAAUGGCCAAAUGUAGUUGAAUUCAGCCUACCAUCCUUUGCUGAUGACUCAGCUCUAUGCCAAGUACGGGAGACACAGAGAUGGGUCAGCCCCAGCCCCCAUCCUCAGGAAGCCUAUAGUCAGGGGAAUGUUGUAGGGGGAGGUAAUAGAGGGCAAUUACCUUCAGGGCUCCUGGUGGCUGCUAGUCCCUAUCAUACCUUGAUGUGAGUUAGAAGACGGUGCCCUUUCCAGGUGAUUCAGACCCACACUAGAAUGCGUAGCUUUGUGAGUGACACACAGGUUGGAUUUUGGCACCCCUUUCCCCUUGGCCAGGUGCCCUGCUGCACAGCCAUGUGCUGCAGCCUCGAGGGACACACAGACCAGUGUUUCCUUCAGCUUCUUCCUGGAGAGGAAGCACCAGGUCAUGUUUCCAAGCUUCUGGUCAACUCCAGGCACCACCUCCCAGCUCCCAAACAUGGCCAAGUGAGUGCUUCUCUGCAGGGCCCCUUUCCCUUCUGGAGUCAGUCUGUCCAGGUGAGACCUUGAAGUGAAACUAGAGGUGGUGGAGCCUCACUAGGCCCCAGGCACCAGCCUACAGUGCUGGCGGUUUCUGUACCAAGCAUUUGGGGCCUGCGCUGGCCAAGCCGUCCAUCACCGGGACUUUGUAGUGCACCCUGUGGGUGGCGUGUGGACACCAGUCUUGACAGGAAGGAAGAGCAUGGCUUGGUGAAAACCCACUGAGCAGACGGCCAGCUGGCCCUCCUCAGCAUUCCACCCAGGGGAAGAGUUCAGUCCCCACGAAAAUAAGGACUGAGUUAUUUGGCUGCACCUCAGCGUCAAAGCUCAGCCCUGCUAGAGUGGGUUCACCUGGCUGUUGGUUUUGUGGGAGAGUUCCUGACAAGCUGGUUCCUACGUGGUGCAGUAAAAGGAAUUCUGUCCUGGAAGUCCCCAAUGCCACCUCUCAGUCCUGGCUGUCACCAGUCACCUGGGGGACUUGGGCAAGCUACUCAACCUCUGGGGCUCAGUUUCCCUAACUGUAAAAUAGGAUUGUAAUCCCUUCCUUUCCUGACGCAGGAACUGUUAUAAGGCCCAGAUGAGACGAAAGUCAGCGGUCAGGGCUCUAAGUUGAAAAUGGCUGCAUGGGUGUGGCCCUGCCACUGCAGGGAUGGCCCAAGGUCACACAGAAAGUUUGCUGCGGGAGAAGCCCUCCCCACCAGUCUGCAUCACUUGCCCUGCUUCUCACUUAGGUAGAUGUCAACCAGAAUGAGACACAGCUAAUUUGGCUUUGAUGACCUAGCUGAGCAGGAAAUUUAGACACGAUUUAGGAGUAUCAUGCCCAAAAAUAGUGGUCCCAUCAACCAGGACACAGGGAAGACAUGGAUAUUGUCAGUGAGUGGUGGAGGCGGACAUCUUGGACCCUCAUAGGUCUGGAGUCACAUCUCCCAUCUGUCAGAACCCCACAGAGGCCAAGGGGCCUUAGCUCUGACCCCAGGUUAAAGAGAGCCACCAGCCCCCAGGCUCAGGGAGCUGAAAUCACCCAUCUGCAGAAAAUCUAAGGGCAAGGAGAAAUAGAAAUUGCCUGUUCCUUCCCUUGAAAGUGUAAGGCCUCUUGCAGGAUCAGCUGGAGCCACCACAGCUUCUCAGUGACAUUGGGAGGGUUUCAGGCCCAGGGAAAACCUAAGCCUUUUGCCCUGAGAGCUGAGCCACAGCGGAUGCAUCCCCCAGUGGCGUCAGCAGUCCAGAGCGGCAGCUUCUCUCCUGCCAGUCACUGGGGACUGGUUGUUCUCCAUCCAUCCAGGAGGAAGGGUUUAGGUCCCAGUCUUACACUCUUACAGGGUCUCAUGGACAUAGGCCUAUGCCUGUUGUGAUACGUAUAUUUUUUAAACUCAAAAGGACCAAAACAGACUCCUGAACCCUCAUCUAUACGGCCUUACGGCCUGCAUUGGGCCUGGUGUGUCUUCCUGGCCCAGGCAGCUCCAUCACUUCUGCCAUCCCUUCUGGACUAAAGUUGCAGGAUCCCCGCCUCUACCACUUCCCCAGAGGGUCACUGCACAGCGGCUUCAAAGAGAGGCCCUGUUGAAGGGGAAACAUCCUCCCCCCAUCAUACUCCCAACUCGUCACCCCAAAAGGGAAGUUAAAGCACAGGCCUGUGGGGCCCAUGGUUUGUAGACACUGAUACAGUGGUUUUCAAACCAGGUGCUGCGGAACCCCUGGUAUUCCAUAGAGGUUUGUCAGGGGAUGCUAAGGUGGGAAGAUGGGAGUGGAGGUAAAGGAUAGGUUUCCAGCCCUCCUCCCAUUUCCACCUCCACCAGAACAACUCUACUUUUAUUUGUCUUGCCUACUGAGAUUUCAUUUUCAAGCUUUCUUUGAAGAAAAACUUCAAACCACCAUCUCCAGGUUUGAUCUUAGACCAGCCAGCACAGGUUCUAUUCUCGCUGCUCAUGUUGGAAUGGCUCCAGCAUUCCAGUACAAAGUGUCUUUGUGUUGGAACCUGACACACACACACACACACACACACACACACACACACGUACAUAGUUGAUGUUUUUUCUAGCCAACCCACCCUGAAGCUCUGGCCAAGAUUUGAUUUGAACAGGGACCUGGUGCUCAGUGGGGAUGGGUCUUGACUCUGAUAUUGGCCCAUGAGGCAUGGGGAGCUCUGCAGCAAGGAAACAGGCUCAAUCCCCCACCUAGGACUUGUGUCUGCACCCCUGUCUGGCACCCCACUUUCCUGGCCCAGGCCCAAGGGACAGCAGGAGAAGCAGUGUGAUGGAGGGAGAGCCUAGGGUUAAAUUCAUCUUUACACAGAGCCAGAUGGAUGGACAUCUUGGCUCACGUAAAAGACAGACUCAGGGAGGAUUUUGUGACAAAAGUCCCUCCUUUGAGGGCAGGAUUCCCCCAGGAAUCCUGUACACUUUAGUGAGACCUGGAUCAGCCCUUGGUACAAAGUCCUGCCUGCCCUGCCCCCCACCCCCACCCCGCAAGGAAUUCUAGGUGAAAAUGUGAAGCUCAGGGCACAGCAAGCACAUGACAUGGGUGUAUUACAUUAGGUCCGAGUGUGUCCUUAGUUUCCCUGUGUGUAAAAUGAGGCUAGUGCCAGUCUCUUCCCACCUCACUGGGACAAUUGCAAGGGUCAUAGGAGAGUUGGGUAUGAUAGGUGGUCAUAUGAGGUGGUGGGUAUAAGAAGUGGGUGCCUCACAUACUCGGGGUGUGGUCCUGACCUGCAUGGCAGAUGAGGAGAGCACUUGGGAAUGAGCAUAGGAAGUGCUGUCUUCCCGGGCAUCUCUGCUCCGUGUUAAGGUCUAGCCACAGACGCUGUGGGACCUGCCUCUUCCUAUGGAAUGGGGGCCUGCAUGGAUUGUGUCCUGGGGCAGGAGUGAGGGAUGGCUGGGAAGAAUCUGCAGCUCUGUGGCCCUUGUGUCGAGUGAUUAUUUUGUGACACUCUCAUUCCUGGACCACCUGCCAGGUUUAUCUGUUAUACCUGUGGCAUUCUUAUGUCAGACAAAUUAUUAUAGUUUAUUCAACUCUAACAAAUGAACAAAAGAAUAAUAAAUAGGAAGCCAUUAAAGGUCUUUUGUGGCAGAGGA